AACCAUCGACCAGACUUGAGAACUUCUCAUACAAUAUCGAAAAUCAGCAUUUUUUGUUGUCCCUGGGCUCUCUCUCAUGAAUCCCAAUUGACUCUCAGCUCUCAACCGAUCCCAUCACCUUUAGACAGCAAAGAUGUCGUUCAGGCCAGCAUUGAUUGUUGUUGAUAUGCAGAAUGACUUCUGUCCGCCUGAUGGCUCACUGGCUGUGACUGGAGGUCGAGACAUCGUUCCAUUGGUCAACCGCCUGCUCGGCUCCCCGAGAUUCGUGGUCAAGGUUGCAACUCAAGAUUGGCACCCUCGUGAUCACAUUUCGUUUGCAACUAACCACCCUCCCCCAAACAAUAAACCCUUUGAAUCUUUCGUCGACAUGCAAAAUCUUGUCGCCAACAAGCCAGAGCAAACCAUGAAGCAACGACUGUGGCCCGUUCAUUGUGUCCAACAAACGAAAGGCGCAGAGAUCCUUAAGGAAAUCGAUCUUUCCAAGGUAAACGCCACUGUUCACAAAGGGAUGGACUCGAGGGUUGAAAUGUACUCUGCGUUUUCUGACUCCUUUGGGAACAUGACCGCCGGUGCUGGAGGGGUGGAUAUUGACCUCGCCGCCCUCUUAACGGAACGACAAGUCACCCACGUCUACGUCGCCGGCCUAGCUGGAGACUACUGUGUCAAAGAUACUGCGCUAGGUGCUGCCAAAGCUGGCUUCACCACUUAUCUUAUCGAGGAGGCCCAGAGAUGUGUUGACCCUUCUUCCUGGUCUGAUAUCAAGGCAGAGCUAGCGCGAGGCUCUGUUUCUCUGAUCAGUAUCGAUAGCGACGAGUCACGCCGAGUCCUUGAAACAUGAAUUUCUUUUCCUCCUGCGGUGUGUUGGACGCCGAAAUGCUGCAAGGGAGCUGUGAUUUUCUUCGCAGAGAGCACCACAAGCGUUGCGUCCUUCGCGGCCUGUCGAUCCAUACCAAUGACCCAGCAAAUUUCAGGACCAGCCUUUACUAAAAGGAUAUCGUGAAGGAAGCUGAGAUGAAGUGCUGUAUUGAUAACUCGCUUUUAGGCACUAGACUCGCCAUCUUUGCCUGAACUUACUCUCCAUGCAUAAAAGAGUUCCCGGGACAUUUCACAGACAGGCGUCUCCACCCGAAUUCCUCCUCUCUUACUGGAAGUGAGGCCAUACGGCAAAUGAGGGAGCAACACCAGCAAUAAAAGCAUGAUAUAGCCUUCAUAGGAACGAUGCUACUAAUGCAGUGGACCGUUCGGCCACCUGUGUGGUGACUAUCUACAGAUCUAUCUGAC